AAUCUUCUCACAUUGAGUGCAUUACUUACCUAGGUAUUCACCACCAACGUCCAACUUUUCCCAACGUUACUUAAUCAGACCUACCUUCAGUUAAACGUCUUAUGUAUCCAAAAUGCGACGGGGUUCUUUCUCAUUAAACGAUUUGCCUGCUUGGUGUGUCCUGAAUAACGUUACCUUCCUCGACGUGAAAGUUGCCGACAUAAAUGGUCGGGGCUAUGGUUUGAUAGCGGAAAGGGACCUGGUCGAUGAAGAUGGAACUGAUGACAUUCCCGCUCUCUUGACAAUUCCGAGAGACCUCAUUCUUUCAGCCGAAGGCGUAGAAGAGUAUGCUAAGGAAAACAAGGACUUUCGACAACUUCUAGACAUAGCAGGACACCGGUCAACUAGAGGUGACAUCCUAUUAUUCCUUCUAGUACAGCUGGUCUUGUCUUCACCCGAUUAUAAGGGCGAACAAGGACCAUUGACACCGUGGACCCAAUAUUUCAGUCUCUUGCCGUCACAUGUACCAACCCCUACGAUGUGGACCGAGUCGGAGCUUUUUCAUUUGAAAGGAACUUCACUGGAGUCUGCAGUGUCUGCCAAGUUGGUGGCAUUAACGAAAGAGUUUGAUGAUCUCCGCGCGAAGGCAGCUAGCCUGCCUUUUUGGGAUGAAAUCUUCUCAGUCGAUGAAUCGAUCACCAUUCAAGACUGGAUUCUCCUUGAUGCCUUGUAUAGAUCUCGCUCUCUCGGUUUACCCCAGUCUGGAGAAGCGAUGGUACCGUGCCUCGAUUUGGUAAACCAUUUCAGUGAAGCAAACGCUUAUUUUGACGAAAAUAAGAACGGCGAGGUCGGCCUUCGUCUACGUAAGGGAUGUAAUGUGUCAUCUGGCAGCGAAAUUACUAUCAACUAUGGAAUGGAUAAGUCGCCAGCAGAAAUGCUGUUCAGCUAUGGCUUUGUUGAUCCUGACUCAACUGUCAAUAGCCUUGUCCUACCCCUAGAGCCAUUAGACGAUGAUCCGCUUGCGACAGCGAAGCUUCACGCUUUUGGUGCAUCGCCAAAGUUGAAGCUGGCAGAAGGUGAUGACGGCAUUCCUCAUUGGACCGCGCCUUUCGUGUAUCUCAUGUGCGUGAAUGAAGAAGACGGGCUACAGUUCAAAGUCUUACAGGAGACGGAUGGAUCUCGUCAUUUAAAGAUGUUCUGGCAAGACAUCGAUGUCACAGAUGAGCCCGAUACGAUCAUAAAUCAUAUUCGUAACCACGAAUUGUACCCGAUAUUUGAAUUACGGGUUUUAACAGUUCUCUUCAACAUCUUUCAGGGGCGACUUGAGGAGCUUACUAGCAGUGGAGACGAGGAUAAGAUGCCAGGAUCAAUAAGGACAGAAAUCUGGCAAGCCGUCUCCCAUCUCAAAUCUCUCGAGACAGGCAUUCUCAAAAAAUGUUUAGGAAUCCUUGAUGAAGAGAAAACUCGGUUAUUUGAAGAUGAUAAAGUGUUGGAGUAUCUAAAUCCAAUGGUGCCUGAUUCAAACGAUGCUGCCGCCGAAGCCGCCAACGACGAGGAAGAUUUCAGCUAGAAUCUCGGAGCAUAAUUCUCGUCUCGUUUACCUGCUGAUCCUACUGCGCUCGACAUAUCAUCGUGUUCUUGAUGCGAUAAGUAAACACCCUAGCAAAUCUUUUACUGUAUUUGCACGGUUGGGAAGCAAUUUGAUGGCCUCAGAACUGGGACUUAAGCACCUCCUCGUUAAUGUGGUGUGACAUCAUACUAGGUAUGUACCGUUUUGAUGAACUUGUUACCCUACUAGAGAACCAGGAGCGGGAAUGGUUGACUUUGCCAACUGGUUUCAUAUGACGGCUUGUAAGGCAGCAUGAUAAUUUCAGAGUUAAAACUGCUUACAUGUCGUUGAUCGAUUUUCCAACGGUCAGAAAGCAAUCUGUAUAGACGCGCCUAGCGGUGCUGAGCGUCUCUUUGGGCUCAUAAUUCGGACCGAGAGCCCAGAGCCAAUCCUAGGUUACACAUGUUCGACAUUGCAUUUAUACAAAUAAUUCAAUA